CCUCCCUCUCUUUGUACCUGUACCUUUUGCGUGGGCCGAAAAUUUUCUCUGUUCCUUCUUCUUCGUCUUCCUCUUCUCAGAGUGUUCUCUGAGGCAGCUCAGGCGUUUCCUUGUAAAGAUCUCUGAUAUUAAAGGUUCAGAAAGAGCAAAGAUGAAUUGCUGCAGAAACCAACAAAACGCCUGGACAAGCUGCGAGGAGAUGAGGAAGGAGUCAAUGGUUUGCCCUAAACCUCGUCGCUUGGGUCGCUUAAACGUCCCAACCGUGAACGACCACAUAAGACCCCUGAGACGGCCAAUAUUCAACUACCAAUCGGACGUGGAGGAUACAUCAGGAGUUGUUCAGGCAGAGCUUCUGGAAAUUAUUCACCCCAAGGAAAGCUACCCUGACAGAUCUGGGAGCCAGGUGGGUUAUUCGCCUCCAUAUUUUUGUGGAUCUCCACCAAGCAGGGCUUCAAACCCUGUGAUCCAAGACGAGCAAUUUGGUAAUGGGAAUUUUAAUCCAUUCGCAAUCACGCCCGCUUCGCCAUCAUCUUCUUCCUCAGCUCGAGGCUGUGUUCGAAUGAGCUUUGGCCACAAACCAGCUGCUGUUAGGAUUGAGGGCUUCGAUUGCCUGAGCAGAGAUAGGCGAAACUGCAGUAUUUCUGCUGUGGCAUAAAAUCACAACUUGAAAGGAAAAAAAAAAAGAAAAGAAAAGGCCUCAUCAACACCAUGAAGCUGAGGAAAGAAGGUAGAUGACAAAAAAAUUUCCGAGUUCGAAGAGCAGAGGAGAUUUUGGAAGCGGGAGAGGGGAGCUAUUGUUAAAUUAAAAAAAUUUUAGUGUAUGAUAUGUAUAUAAAGGUGUAUUGGAGAGUCGUUGUUCAUGAGUUAAGGUGUCAUGUCAUGUAACAUGGAGAUGGCGAGAACCGAGUCUUUUUUGUCAUUUUGAAGAAUAAAAGAAGACAGGGAGGUAUUACAGUAAGAGGAAGCUAAGCCUUUCUCGUGUCCUUUAGGAUUUAACAUGUUAUAUCAUGGUUCUGGAGUCUGUAACUGUGGGUUUGUUUUGUCGCUCAGAUCCUCCGUCUGUAAUUGUAAUUUGGAGGAAGCUGAGGAUUAAUCUCUGGAAUUGGAUGUUGUAAAUUAAAUUGUUUUUUCCUUUUUUGUGGGUGCUCCUGUUUCCCAGGUGUUGCCUGUUGUUGAUAAUCGCA